AUGGGGGAGGGUACUUGGUGUGGUGGCGGGGAGAGGCCCUGGUGGCGCUUGGGUCCAAGGGCAGCCGGAUCCGAUGCUGGGGUGUGGUCCUGGGCGGCGCCAUUCCCGCUAGGGGGAGGCAGGGGCGGGGAAGGCUGGAUCCAGUUGCCGCGGCCUAGAAGGACGUCACCGGGGCGGUGGGGGUUAGCGGUGCCCGACGCCGAUGGUGCUCGCGGGCAAGGGCAUGCUGGAGGCAUGGGGAGAGGUGGCAGGGAUGGUGACCUGGUGAAGGGUGGCGCGAUGGCGGCCUGGGAAGGGGCGGCCGUGGUAGAUCGGCUACCCGCGUGCUGUGUGGUGGGGGUGGGGGGCGCGGCGCUGUGGGAGGUUGUGGCCGGGGCGGUGGCUGGCUGGGAGGCAGCGGUGUGGGGAGAAGGUGGGGGUGGGGGAUCGGGGAGAAGGUGGGGAGUGGGGUGCACCGUGCGCGUGGGUGGAUGGGGUGGGCCUUUUGUUUUUGGUCUGUUCGGGUGGGCGUCCGGGUGUUAG